UGCACAAGACGCUGCUUCUCGUUUAUAUCCAUGGUUUCAAGGUACGAUAGCAACGAUGGGCUUGAGUGAUCGAUUCCUCCCCGCAAGAGCUAUACCCCACGCUGCUGAAACAGGUCACAACAAACUCACGUUUUCGAUAGGGAGGUGACGACACAUUUGCGGGCUUUCCAGACCGGCUGCGUGUGCUGGUUGCGCAUGCGCUCAGUUCAGUCCGGGUUGUCACUGCCGUUUACCCAAAAUAUGAAACCCGAGGGGAUCUCAAAGAAUGUGUGGGCAGAUUCCGAGAAUGGUGUGUUAUCGGCCUUGAUCCGGGAGAAAAUCAGAUUGCCAUUCUUACCUUUAUAUGUUGUACAGGCUCCAAAACAAAGUAAUUGAUCUGGAAGUUGAGAAUGAGACCCCUUCGCCUACUGUCGAUCCUUCUGUCCAUGUUUUCCUGAUUGGGCAUUCAAUGGGGGGGAUUGUCGGCGCAGAGACGCUGCUUUUGCUAUCUGAAGAGCAACCGAUUCCUCCCCAGGAAUCAUCUGAUCGUCUUUCAGGCAGCCAGCGCCUUGUGGAACCGGGUUCUUUCAUGUUCCCCCAUAUCCAAGGACUUCUCGCCUUCGACACCCCUUUUCUUGGCAUAGCUCCUGGCGUGGUCUCGUACGGGGCAGAAGGCCAUUACAAAACUGCCACUACCGCCUACACUGCCUUGACAGAAGUUGCAGGCUUCUUCGGAUACGGAAGCAAUGAUAAGCCUAACCCAUCAACAACAAAGACCCCAGAAAAGGCCGCCGCUGCCCCAAAACCACUUCCCGCUGCUUCACCAGCUGCAGACGCUGCUGCAACGCCCUCAUGGCAGCGUUGGGGCCGGUAUGCUAUGUUCGCCGGGGCGGCAGGUGCGGUGGCCGCAGGCGGAGCAGCGGCGUAUACUCAGCGGUCUCGCAUUUCGGCAGGCCUGAAUUGGGUCUCGUCGCAUCUUGAAUUUGUCGGGUGUCUAGGACGCACGGCAGAUUUGCGAAAACGCCUGAAGCUGCUAGCGAAGAUCGAAGAUGAGCGAGGAAUCCGCUCGACGAAUUUUUAUACUUGCCUGGGUGAAGGUGCGCCUUCUUUGGUGGAGAAUACGACUUCUAGCAAGACCUCGUUCAGUCAGCGAAUAAUUCGAUCGAAAAAUCGAACUUUCUGUUGUCUUCCCCCGGAAAUCGACGGACAAGAAACAGAAGGAAUGGACGCGGAGCGUAUCGUGGGGCCACCAGGACUGCAAUGGAUCCAGGCUCUGAAUAACAAAGCGUCAGACGAGGUCAAGGCGCAUAUCAGCAUGUUCAUCCGAAGUGAUAACCCCGGUCUCUCCUCUCUCACUCGGCAAACCUGCGAAGUCAUCUUCAAAUCUAUCGACAAGGGCUGGUACUCUACCGCCACAGCCCGGACGGACGACAGCUCUGAGCCUGGUUCAGGAAACACGGGAUUCAUGGAUGUCGAUGCUGACGAUGUUGUGAUUGUUGACUAAUUCCUUGGGCCAUGCAUCAAGCCCUGAAAACCUACGACUGAAAAAAAAUCAUACUCCUAUUUUCAGCAAUCACACGAAUACAAAGAUCUUCGAUUAAAAUCUGAAAACGCAAAUCCAAAAUUCGAAGCUAACAGACUUGACCAACAUGUUUCUGUUAAUUCGUCACAGCACCCUAGACACACCUGCUGGUUUAAAGUGCGAUGGUACUAUAUGCAUCGAACACUCCUCGACAACAGGAUAAGUGACAAUGAUUCAUGAGAACAAUGUAUCUUUGGGACCGAUUAUAUCCAUUAUUAUGAUGAUAGUAUAUAGAAAACAAAAUUUCCAUGCUUUCGAACGCCUCGGGGACUCCCUUUUUUUUCAGCAACGAAUAUCAAAUAAUAGGCACAAGAGGCGCAUAUGCAUGC